UAUCUUGUGAUGCUGAUCUGGACAUUUACCUGAAGGCCGAGAUACUACUAAGGCAAAUAGAGUUGACACAGUAGCAAAACCUUUACAUGAGUAGAGACACUCUUGACCAUGCUUUAGUGUGUUUUCCCAUCCUGAGGACACUCCGAAGGCGAUGGGCCUUUUCGCCUAAAUUGUAUUCUGGGACAAUCCAUACACGGAUACUUAAAUGCAUGCAAUUUUUGACAUUACUCAAGAUAUAUAUAUAUAUAUAAAACUCUGUUUCCAUUCUAAGUUUACAAUUCCUUGACUGAUACUUUUUAUGAAUGACUAUUUCUCAGUCAUGUUUUAAAUGCUCUUUUAAAUCCCCCAAAAUAAUUUACUAAGUCAUUUUGUUUUAAGAGGUGGGACUAUACGGCAUUUGAUAUUGGCUAAACCAUCACAUGCACGUGCCAUCGAUGGGUAGAAUUUAGAUCCACGAGGUACAGUAUACCCCCUAGCCCCUAGCAGUAUGUCUUGUCUCAGGCCGCAAGUAGAUGGCGUCUGACUACACUACAACACAACCAAUACAGCGAGAUAGCUGAGUCACAGAACUAGGUAGGCUACUGUGGAAAAAGCAACAGUACAGAAACGGGUGUGAACACGGUUAUAGAAGCACCUGGCAAUUAUCGGGAAUCGUCUUGAAGAUGUUGUCCAUAACGUUGAAGACUCUUCAGCAGCAAACGUUUAAAAUUGAAAUAGAUCCAGAACUAACGGUAAAAGCCCUGAAGGAAAAGAUUGAGGUUGAGAAAGGGAAGGUUGGCUAUCCAGCCGCAGGGCAAAAGCUCAUCUAUGCAGGCAAAAUCUUGAAUGAUGACAUACCUUUAAAAGACUACAAAAUUGAUGAGAAAAACUUUGUGGUUGUCAUGGUUACAAAGCCCAAACCUCCAGCUCCUCCACAGAUUUCUCCUCAGGCAACCCCAGCCCCAGCCUCCAGCCCUGCUCCCGCCCCUGCACCUCCUGUUGUUUCUGGGCUGUCCCUGUCAGACAUUACCUGUUCUACUUCUCCUGCCACCAUGGAGAUCUCAACCCUCUCCCCUACACCCACACCCACACCCGCCCCUGCCUCAAACCCCACAAAAUCAGUGGAGCCCUCCACACCCCCAUCCCCUGCACCAGCCCCUGCUUCUAUUCCCCCUGAAGCUCUGGGGGCCAGUGCAGCCCCAGCUCCUGCCGCAGCAGCAUGCCCCGUCCCUGUCUCACCCUCAGAGGACAAGCGUCACGGGGAGCACCCCGAACUGCCCCUCGCCACAACGCCAGCCCUCUCCUCCUCUAGCCUUGUUGAUGACUUAAGUCUCUUGGAAGAAGCAGCAUCAAUACUGGUGACAGGACAAGCGUAUGAGAAUCUGGUGUCUGAAAUCAUGUCUAUGGGAUAUGAAAGGGAGCAGGUUAUUGCAGCGCUGCGAGCCAGUUACAACAACCCAGACAGAGCCGUGGAGUACCUGCUAAUGGGGAUUCCGUCCGAGGCUGACCUUCCGCCAGUGGAAGCGCUCCAACGCACAACUCUGGCCAAUCCCACUGCCCCAGGUCCUGCCCCAGGUCCUGCCCCAGGUCCUGCCCCAGCCUCUGCUCCAGCCUCUGCUCCAGCCACAGAUAUAGCCCAGCCCCCACCAGCAGCCACCAGCGCAGUGUCUUCAACCCAGCAGCCCCRCUCGUCUGGUGGGCUGACUGGUGGGCUAACUGGUGGGCUUACUGGUGGGCUUACUGGUGGAGGUACUGGGGGUGGGAACCCUCUGGAGUUCCUGAGGAACCAGCCACAAUUCCAGCAGAUGAGACAGAUCAUCCAGCAGAACCCAGCUCUUCUUCCUGCCCUGCUCCAGCAGCUGGGCAGAGAUAACCCCCAGUUGCUGCAGCAAAUUACCCGGCACCAGGAGAGGUUUGUGCAGAUGCUGAAUGAGCCUCAAGGAGGAGAGAUGGUAGAGGAAGGAGCUGAGGCCCAGGGGGCGCCACAGACUAACUACAUCCAGGUCACCCCACAAGAGAAGGAGGCUAUCGAGAGGUUAAAAGCCUUGGGAUUUCCAGAGGGACUUGUCAUUCAAGCAUAUUUCGCAUGUGAGAAGAAUGAGAAUCUAGCUGCCAAUUUUCUGCUCCAACAAACAUUUGAUGACGAGUGAACGUGCCUGCGUUGGCAUGAACGGGAAGAAUGGAGGGCUAGAGAAUGAGUAAUAGUGCUCCAGAAUGUGCUUUUGAAGGAAGGAGUGGAAAAGGUUACCCAAAGUGACUGGUCUUCCAGGAUGCUUUUCAUUGGACAAAGACGUGAUGUGUUGUUACUGUGAGCUAGGCCUUCUCCAUUCUGAGUGUUAGAUCUCCGUGGGCUCUCUCUCUCUCUCACUGCUGCUAUUACUGCUCCUUGUGCCGUGUCCAUCUAUAGAGUUACAGUGGCAGCUUGCCCUCACCAUAUAUUGCUUUUCAACCCCUCGCAAAUAAAACCCCGAACAUACAUUAGCUGGUUGAUUCAUAUUUGUUAUGUGAGCCUCGUCUCCUGGGAAAAUAUAUUUGAGUGUCCUGUGAUAAAAUGACAAAACCAGCUAAAUGGCCAUGGAACUCAAAUGUGUUGUUUGUUUUUUAGGCCGAGGCUGCGAAUCCGACAUUUCUCGACCAUCCUUUCUGACAGCUAAAGGUCCCGAAGCUUCUGRGCAUGUGUGGGAUUCUCUACUCUACUCACAGUCUCUGCUCUUCUAAUACAGAACCCCCCUUCACAUUUCUCACUGUCAAUCGUGAAUGAUAAUUCUUUAAUUUUUACCGGUGAAAUGCCCAUGCAGCAUCUGCAUACCAACCUUGUGAUCUCAAUCAGUUUCAUGGGGAUAUGCAUUUAGAUAUUCUUAUACAGUGUUGUUUAGAAAUAGCCUACAGUGUUGUUUUGAAUUAUGUACAGUGAUUGAAUUUUAGAGCAGAUGGUGCUUAGUUUCAAUCAAAGCAAGUAUUAUGCCUAGUGGCGCACACUUGUGUUUUGGCCACAUGAGAGAAAAAUCCGACCCUUCACACAAUCAUCUUAAAAUCUCAUACGAAAUUAGGUGUUUUUUGUCUUACAGUAACGUGCUAUUAUAUUUGGUCCUGUUAUGUAGAAUACUAUCAUUAUGUGAUGUUGCAGACAUUGAUUCAGCUUUGAUCUAACUUUAUUAAUAKAGCCCCAUUCACCAGAGCAGAGGGUAGCCUGUUCUCUAUGAGUAGAGCAGAGACUGCACAUAAAGUAGAGAAUUUCGCACAUAUGCAGAAGCUUCGGGAACUUUAGCUGUUGGGAAGAGGGGUCUAGAAUCUGCAGCCACUCCGUUGUUUUAUUAUUUGUCUCCACAAAGCUUCUUAUUUCUCUCAGCUGAUCAUUACUGUCCAACCUUUCCAAUAUGUUUGUCUUCUUCAGACAAAGGGAACUGGGAUAUUUUGCCAAUGAAGUGUCAUAUUAAUGUUGGAGAGUUGCUUUGUCACUUCAUUUGACUGUUACAAAGGGAACAUUUCUUUGUAAAAGAGAAGGAUGUUCUGUGAUUGAUGUGUCAUCGUAUWAAAAUAUUAUAACACUGUAAAAUGAGACAUGGUAGGGAAUACUGGAUUUGGUUCCAGAUGUGCCCCAGUGUAGUUUCACUGUAAGGUACCAAAUGAUUUUACAAAAGGAAGUUUUAGCCACAUAGUUGUUGUUUUUUCGAUAUCAUUGCUCAACAGUUGAAGGCUAYUUGAAGCUGAAAGUCAAUUGAGCCAUGUCCUUAAUAUUAUUUUAGAAUCACUUUAAGCAUAUAACAAGAUUCUGUUCUCUCUGGACACUUUUCUGUAUGUGUUUUGAUUGCCCCUGAUCCUUAAUGUAUUAUAUCAAAAGAAAUCAUGCUGCAAGUUUUUUAUCCAUGUUAUUACUCUUUCGUGGUUUGUCUCAUUUUGUMGAAGAGUAAUUGUUUGUUUGUGCAAAGUCAUGUACAGCUUUCAAAGGUCUAUCGUCAGUCAAUAUGUCUUUUUUUGUUUGUUGCAUAGAUGAGUGCCAUAGGAUUUAUGUUGCCUAUCAAAAGUAAACACCCAUCUCAUAAAAGGUGCUAGAGUGAAGGUAAGUUCUGGAAGUGCUAUAAGCCAAAAGAAAACAAGUAAACAUCCCACAAAACUG